CCCCUAGCGUCAUCAUCACGUGCCCACACCACUUAUCGCGUCCUCCCUUUCAUCCACGUCUUUCCACCACUACUAUCACGUAACCACUACUAUGACAACCCUCGACCCGUCCGACCCACGCGCACAGCUCGAACGCGCCCGCUUCACAACACACGCCGAGAUCCUCGCGAUCCACGCCGGCUUCGGAAAGCUCAAGGAGCGGUACCCAAUCCGGCCGGAUGUGUACGAGAAAUUCGCGCUUCACGCACACAUUCUCGGUGUCUGUGCACCCUCGGAGGAGGAGGGGGGGAAGGAGUGCGGGGGCGGAGGAGAUGCGGCAGAGCUAUCAGAACCAGAACCAGAACCAGAACCGCCGCUGGAACCAGUGCCCGAGAUAGAAGCGCAACCCGAAGCUGAGCCUGAGCCCGAACCACUGCCCUCCCCCGAACCCUCCCCCGAGCCACAACCCGUGGUAUCCCGAAAACGUGCGCGUCCCCAAUCCCAGAAUCUGCGGAAUUCGAAGCCGCAACCCUCGAAACCGAAGGCGCCCACGCGCGCCAGUAAACGUGCCCGCAACCGGGCCCCUCCACCACCACCACCACCACCAUCGGCUCCUCCCAUUUCGAAACGAAAAUCACACGCCGUCAGUCAUCCCAAUCCCGGCGACGACGUGCUGGUAAACCGUAUCCCGGAACUACCCCCGCCGCGGAGAAAGUACGGGCGCGGGAGAGCGGCGGGAUUGGAUAUCAACAUGUUUCUAGAACUCUGUGCGCGCGAGCGGAGAAGGAACAGGCAGUGGGGUGUUGCGGGCAACGGAGGGUGUUUGCUCCAGAGGAAUUUAAGGAGACGGAAGUAGGCCUGCGACACUGGUCAGGCUGCAAAUGAUGAAUGCAACUGUUGAAGGUGUUCGCGGAAAGUUGCAGAUUGGGUGUUGAUGCAGUACCCGGAUCCUGUCUGCGCCAGUUGUGUCCAUCGUGUGAUGUUAAAGCUGCUUUUUGGUCGGUCAAGAUCUGCCUGAUUCGAUGCAUCCAUUGAUAAACUAUCGUGGAUCAUGAUAGGAAGCUGUGGGGCGAAAACGGGGAUGGCGGGGAGGAGGAAGAAGCCUGAACGGCCGGAAGAUGGGUGAGGAGUUCCUAGUUUCCACCACCAGAAACCCCCCGGUCUCGCCGGUCUUGCCGGUCUAUUCACCCAACGGCGCCCUUCUUGCUCCGUAGAUUGCCAUUCCUGUCUAAUAUGUAUCGGAACACAUAUUGCCCUGCGUAUCUAUCACAUGCC